AUCCAUGGGAGCAUCUGUGGGAGCAGUAACAAAACAGACCCUGUUCCCUCCUCUCAUGCCUGCAGGGCGACCUUUCCGUGUGUCGAAUGCCUCCCGAAGCAGCCGGAAAGGAAUUGUUGCAAGCAGUCUGCAAGAGCUCAUCAGCAAGACUUUAGAUGCUUUCCUUAUAUCUGCUGGAAUAGUUACUCUGGUUUUGGAGGAAGAUGGCACGGUUGUGGACACAGAAGAGUUCUUCAAGUCCCUGGAUGAUAAUACACACUUCAUGGUUCUAGAAAAAGGACAGAAAUGGACACAAACAAGAAAUGGAGUCGCUGCUGUGAGACAAAAGAAGAAAAUGGGAGUAGCUAACAUCACAUUUGAUCUGUACAAGCUGAACCCUAAGGAUUUUAUUGGCUGCUUAAACAUCAAGGCGACCUUCUAUGAGAUCUACUCUGUCUCAUAUGACAUCAAAUGUAUGGGAGCAAAAAGUGUAUUGCGGAAGGUGCUUCAGCUAAUGUCCCAUGCAGCACAAAUAACUGGACAGUUUCUUCUCUAUACUGGAACGUAUAUGUUGCAGUUGAUGGGUGAAUAUGAUGAAGAUGGCACGUGUACAAGAUCAAGGCGGGAGUAGUAAACACAGCUGCACUUUUGAUAUUGGAUCCUUUUGCUUAAAGACAUUGUCUUGCCCCAUUUUGAUUGUAAUGAUGUUAUAGCAGGGGAUGUCCACUGAUGUGAACUAACAUUUUUCCCAUUUGGGAAUGCUUGUAGGCCUUAGUCAUAAAAUAAGCGUUUGGUGUUCACAGGCUCUUAACACAGCAAAAGGAUGGGUGCCUAAUGUCUGAGAAUUUGGCAAAAGGAGAGGGUGGUUUUUUGCCCCAGCAACUCAAAAUGGAGAAUAAGUAUACUUGGAAACUUGCAUGCUUUGUAACCAGUGGGGUAUUUCUUGCACUGAUCAAAACAUAGUUUGGUUGGGUUUUUUCAUGGCUGUCUGCUUGCCUUCUGAACAGACUGGUCUGUAAGGUGGGGGUGGGGGAACUGUGGUUUUUUGUUUUUUAAUCCUUAACAAUGCUAGUAUUAGUGUCCAGCUGGCAUUGAGGUACAAAAUGGUGAAGUGUAGUUAUUCUGCUACCAAUGGAAAUACACACACAAUACAACUGAAUCCUGGUUCAGUGACUGACAGCUCUCAUGAAGUCUAAUUGGAGAAAGUGCAACUACUAAGCAGAAGCUUAAAAUUUAGCCUUACUUCCCUUAAAACAAGUGAAAACAUUUCAUUUUAACUCUUCAUAUUUUUUCUUCAAAUCUACAGAAAGUUCAGGUUAGUAUAGCUCAUACCAGUUGAAGAAACUGAUAUUUCUUUGAUGGUUCUGAUGUCCAUUCUGCCUGAAGUAUUGAAUAAUUUGCCAUAGUUUCAUGACCAUGGCUUACAAGCAACCUGCUGAAGCUUCCUUCAGGGGUGUUAAACCAUCGCUAAUGUAGUUUUUACUGUUCAGUUGCAAGAUGACACUACAUCCCAAGCUGUACUUGAGGUACAUGCAGCAUGGAUCUGUAAGAGAUGCUGGAUUUUGAUGCCCCUGUGUUCAGGGGAGAGCAGCAGGACACUAUCUGGUCUUGUGUAACAUAUAUAUGCUCUAAACUGGAUAUUUGCGGUUUUAUAGUCUCCCAAGACAAGUUGUAUUAAAGGGCAAAGUUUUUAAUCCUUAGGUAGAAUUGUCCAGAAUGUUUUCUACAGUUUAGUGAACUGCUAGGAUGACCAGCUUUCAGCAAGCUUUUCCUCAACAGUGUAGAAAACUGGAACAUGAGCCGUGUUGGGCAUCUUGUGUCAAAACACAGACUCCCGUUGCUGAAGGGAAAAGCCCAACUUUGGUUGUUCAUAGGUGUGGCUUUUGAGGCUUUCAUUUGCUUGUGCAUGAGGAACUUUAGUAAGUUAUAUUCUUAACAGCUUUCAGCCUUAAGUAAGGAGACAGCAGAUACAGGUAAUGUGUCUGACCUGAUGGCAGGUGCCACCUAGGAAGCGAAGCUCUGGUGACAGAGUGAACAAGUGGGGUAGGGGAAGAAAGCAGUGGGAGCAAAAGGGAAAAGGACCAAUGUGGAACCCACAGUGCUUGCCAUGCCUCUGCUGAGAGAGGAAUCCAUUAACUAUGUGCAUCAACUGCACUGGUUAGUUGGAGGAAAACCUAAGCAGGCGGACUGAAAAGGCCGAGUAGUGUGGUUGGUGGGAUCCAUUCUGACCUGUCAGCUGGAUCUGUUUGCUUCAAAUGUCGCUAAUAUGUGGGAAAAUUGCUCUUGCUUUAAUCUGCAAAUUUCACCUUCAUAUGCUUAUUUUUGCCUUCCCUUUAUGGAUGUGACUUAGCCAGCUGAAGCUGCACCUUUCAAAUCACUGUUGUGAUGAAAAGCAGCCUAAAUCCAAGCGUUAAAGGGACCGAUGGACACAAGUUCACUAGGUGUCUGCCUGUCUCUUCAGUAAAGGUAUUACAAAUAAGUAGAUAGCUAAGAAAAAACUUGUUUUUUUCCUGAUUCCUGUUUCCCACUUACUUCUGAGCGUUUGCUGGAGCGGGGGAGGGUACACAGCUCUGGGCAAGGGGCGGACUGUCUCUUUCCUAAUUUCUCCCAGGGAAGAAUGCCUGUAACUUGCAGCACUGUCAGGUUUCUUUCAGAAGAAAACAAUAAACUGUUCUGUGAGUAAUGCAAAAGAGAUUAUGUUAAAAUGGAAGCUUUAUACUUCAUCUGUAUUGUUUUCACCACACCACCCCAAGCGAUUGUUGCCAUGAUAACUGUUGGCCAAAGUCUUUCUACCCCUAUCAAGGAAUUGCAUUUAACUGAGGCAGUGCAAGGACUUUGUCAUUAAUUCUUUCGGCUUUUAAGGACCACUUAUUCUAUUAAAACAAGCACAUCUGUAGAAAGCAAACUCUAUCUAGCGCUCCUAGGAAUAUUUAUGUUGCUAAUGGUGGGAGCACCAACAUUAAAAAAAAAAAAAACAACUUGCAUAGUUCAAUAUUGCAUUAAUGUGUGAAAUGCCUCUUCAACAUCUGUAAUAAAAAAGCUGUUGCAAGUCUGAACUGUGCAGAUAUCAAAUUCCAGCCUUCUAUA